GAUGAUUGAACAGACAUCUCAGAGAAAAACUCAACUUUAGCAAUGAGAAAUGCUUACUUGAACUUUGUGCUUUUUUUCACCUUAUGUUGGCUCACAAAUGCAAGUGUUGAACUGCACAAGAAGAAGAAUCAUGGCUCAAAUCCUAUGCUGAAGAGGUACCAAGAUUGGCUACAACGACACAGUCGAAAAUAUGGAAGUAAAGAUGAAUGGAAUAUGCGAUUUGGGAUUUAUCAAUCCAAUGUUCAAUUUAUCGACUUCUUCAAUUCCCUCAACCUUUCUUACAACCUCACUGACAAUGCUUUUGCAGACAUGACAAACCUCGAGUUUAAAUCUAAGUAUUUAGGUUAUAAGAAACAUAAACAUUCAAAGCAAUUAGCAGCACCAAAUAUCACGUGUGACAGAUCUAGUUUGCCUAUCAGUGUCGACUGGAGAAAGAGUGGAGUUGUUACACGGGUCAAGGAUCAAAAAAAUUGUGGAAGCUGUUGGGCAUUCUCUGCAGUAGCAGCAGUUGAAGGCAUAAACAAGAUUAAAACAGGGAAAUUAGUGUCACUAUCAGAACAACAACUAGUGGACUGUGAUGUUUACUCAGACAACCAAGGAUGUAACGGAGGAUUCAUGGAAAACGCUUUUGCUUUCAUUAAGAAAAACGGUGGCAUUACAACUGAAAUAAAUUAUCCUUACGCAGGGAAAGACCAGAAAUGCAACACUACCAAAGCAAAACAACAUGCAGUUACAAUAAGUGGCUAUGAAAUGGUAGCCAAAAAUGAGGAAUCUCUUCAAGCUGCAGUUACCAAACAACCUAUAUCAGUGGCCAUUGAUGCAAGUGGCUAUGAUUUUCAGCUUUACGCUGGUGGGGUUUACUCUGGUUUUUGCGGAAAUAGCCUAAAUCAUGGAGUGACACUAAUUGGCUAUGGUGUAGAUGAUGGUGAGAAAUAUUGGCUAGUUAAGAAUUCAUGGGGUACUAUGUGGGGUGAAGAUGGUUAUAUCAAAAUUAAGAGGGGGUCAAAUGACAAAAAAGGAAUGUGUGGUAUUGCUAUGCAAGCUAGCUACCCUCUUAAGGAGGAGGAGGAGUCUUGAACCAUUAAUUUGCAAAAGAAGCCACAUGCCCGUAUAAAUUAGGCCAUAUCAGUAAUAGCUCUAUUGUGGUUACAUUUAUUUCUUUCAAUAAAAGAUAUGAUAACUGCUAUUCACUUGUGAGGUUUACAAUAGAGAAACUAGUAUCAGGACAUGAACGGUUGUAUUUAAUUAAGAAUCAAAAUUGAUUAAUGAAAAAUCUAUGACCAAUAUAAGAAAUCCAACUUUCUUCUU